AUGGAUAGUUUAAUGUGCUCAUCAGUGCCUGACCCUGAGAUGUGGAUCAUCCAAGCACAUGAGCAUAGUGUACUCCUCCUGUUCGAACCAGGGUUUGAAACCAAACUCCUCCUCAUGAGGAUAGAUGGGGUGAUUCAGGUGAGAUCCAAUGUAGGUCCAACUUUCGAUUCACUCGUGGGAUCCGGGUGGUCCGGAAGGGACCACCGCAGCUCCUCUCUUCUCAAGAAUUCAUGCAUCCCUUAUCAGUGUAUGGACAGCUAUCUUUCAAGCACAGGUUUAGGUUUGGCCUCAAUGGGAAAAAAUGGAGCACAUAACAACGCAUUUUCACAGACUAAGAACUACAAGAUCACCCCUUUCAUUCUGGGGUGA